AUGGCUGCCCCACCACCUCCACAGAUCGUUUUUAAUCCGCCAUGCGUCGGAUGCGCCCCACCGCCACCUCAACCAACGAUGCUGUUUGGAUCAGUACCAUGUUGUUCCAUCACGGACUUCUCCUGUUGCAGCCGUCUCUUUCGUAAGAGACACACCGAAGGAGAAGAGAAAAGUGGAGAGAAAAUUGAAGAGGAAACCUCUACGAAAAAGGUAGAAGAGAAGAGGGAUUAG